CUACAGAAGCAAGAGAAGAAACAACAACAAAAAAGAGCUUCUUUUCCGUCGUCCUCUCUUCUCCCAAUCUCUCUCCUCUCUUCUUCUCCCCCUAGCCCACCUCAGGCAGCCACAUUAAUGGAUUCCGCGGCCGCGGCCUCCUCCUCCUCCUCCUCCUCAUCCCACCUCCUCUGCCACCUGUCCUCCUCGCCGGCCCUAAUGUGACGGAGACGCGGAUCCUCCACGGCGGCGGUCGGCGGCGUUGGGUCCGAGGUGUGUAUGUGCGAGAGAACUCGCUGCUUGGGGAGCUUACCGGCGAGGCGACGAGCUACGGCCCAAUGCGGCUCGAUCCGGAGUGGACUGCGCGGCGAUUUGGCUCCGGUUGGGCGCUGCUUUGGUGAAUCCGGCGCCGUUGACUCCAGCUGGGCGGGAAAGGCCGGAUCUUUGCGGUGUUCUACACGGGCGUGGCUGUCUUGUGGUGGUGUUUUUAGGUUUAGGGAGUAAAGGGAAAUGGAUGUGGAGAAACCUACUUCCAAGGGACAUGGCUUCUUUAGCCUAUUUGAUUGGGGCAAGAAGUCAAAGAAGCGGUUGUUCAGUGGAAGCGGGAGCGAAUCUCCGGCUUCAAGGAUUUCUGAAAAUUCGAGGGAAUCUGAUGGCGGCACACCAAGCACUCGACCAAAUUCGUUCCUUGAAGAUGCACCGAGUAUGAAGGAAAGCAGCGAGCACAGUUGCUCAUCUUCAGUGAUUGAUGAUGAAGCUCUUGCGAGGAGGGGCCCUACUGUUGUAGCGAGGCUUAUGGGUCUGGAUUCCAUGCCCGCGGCAAGCUCAUCUGGAUCCUACACAAUGCCAUUAACUGUGCAGCAUCCCCUCCAGAACAGUAAUAUCCAUGAUGAGUUGAUUGGCAGAAGCUAUGUUGGUAGUCCUCUCAAGAUGCCUGGUAGUCCUCAUAUGAUGCCUGGUAGUCCUCAUAAGAUGCCUGGCAGUCCUAUUGAUCGGUUUAGAAUGGAAGCGUUGCCACCAAGAUUUGCUAAAAGGACACUGCCAGUUGCACAAAACAAGUUGUCCCCCAUGAAGAACCUGAAUCAUAUAUCCAGCAGAAAUGCUGCUGAUAUUAUGGAGGCAGCAUCUAGGAUUAUAGGGCCUGGAGUUGAGGAUAUUAACCCUUACAGAGCUCGUGAUGUUGGAUACACAAAUGCUGUUCGUGUAUAUAGCCAAAGAGAGAUAGCGAUAGUCCAACAAAGGCCACCAAGAAUGAAUGAAGCACUGAAGAAGCGUGAUGGCUUGACAUCUUACGGGCUACAAAGUGGAAAACCUUUGGAUGGAAAUCUGAAAAGUGCAGGGAACAACUCUACUUCUAGGGUCUCACAGUCACAGUCAAAUGGAGGUGCUCUAGUUGGCCCAAAGGUCAAUGCCAGCAGUAGAUCAUCACCAGAUUCUAGAGCAACCAAUGUCCAAGGAAGGGAAGGUGUAAACAAGAUUACCAGAAAAGUUGCAACUCAAAGGGAUCCUGAGCAUAGAAUGGUUGAGAGAAAUGGAAUUAACCAACGCAAGAAUAAUAAUCAAGUGGGCAUGGCAAUUUCGUCUAAUGUUCUUGUGCAAAAUAACAGAAAGCAGAAUGCUAUGGUUAAGCACAAGGUGAAUUCAAAGCCACCAACACCCAACCAGCAGAGAAGCAACACACGUCCAGUAAAUGCUGCUAUGAGCAAGGUUGGGACUGCUGGCACACAUUUUGAAAACAAUACUCAGAGCAACAGAAAUGCAGAGCUGCAGUCAACUGGCCAUGCAAAUAGAAGACAAAAUUCUACAGCCAAAACAAUACCCAAGCCAAGAAGAUUACCAGGCGGGAGGACCCACUCAGAGAAAAGCCAUCCAAGGGAUAAAGAUAUUGCUGACAGAAGCCAAAGGCGUGUUCGUCACAAUAUUGUAAUAGACGAGCAAUCACCUUUUUCCACAAAUAAGAAGAAAAUUAGCACUGACAUUGUUUCAUUCACAUUCACCUCACCAGUUGAUAAACCGUUAUCUGGUUAUCGCCUACCCAAUCAUUUAGUGGAAAAACAGUUUAUAAAGGAUGUGAGCUCAGUACCAAAUUUAAGCAAUACAUCAAAUGCUAAAUUUGAUUCAAUUGAUGGUGAUUAUUUGGGUCUUCUUUUGGAGCAGAAGUUGAGAGAACUGACUUCUGGGGUGAGGUCACCCUACUGUAAGCCAACCAAAGGUGUUCGGAUAUAUGCUCCAUCAUCAGUUCUGGAAGAUUCACAAUCAGCAUGUGAAACAUCAAGCAUUGCAUCUACUGAUUGUGAUAGGGAGUCUGAACAAUCCUAUAAGGAUGGGAAAGCCAAUUUCACCCAGACAAAUCUUGUAUCGAAGAGUGGUCAGUCAUCUCAAUCUGUGAAGUAUGAUAAUGAUGUCAUGGAUCAAAUGGAGAUAGAGCGUCUUCACCUCAGUCCCCUUUCAACAUGGGCUGCUUCUGUUUCAACUGAAACCUGUAGCUCAACAGAGAGCUGGAGAAGUGCAAAUGGAACCAAAAUAUGUAGCUCAACGGAAGGAGCAACAACAUCUGAUUCUGCACGCUUUGGUAAAUUCCUAGAAGCAGAUGUUUUCUCAGAGUAUUCUGACACAGCCUCAUCAAUCACUGUGACUACAACGGACAUCCCCCCAUCAGAAAGCAGCAGUUCAUGUCGAAUGGAUUGCAGACAGGAGAUCGAUUUUAUAAGAGAAAUUUUAAAUUUCUCACCUCUUAAUGGUCAUAUUUGUUCUUCUUUGGAGCGAUUCAUUAACUCAGAUAUCCUCUAUCCGCAACUACUGGAAGACUUGAAUGGUGAUAUCCGGCUGGGGGUGGGUAUAUCAGAAGGCAAAGCACUCAGAAUGAGCCGGAGGCUGCUCUUUGACAGUGUAAAUGAGAUAUUGAGUGUGAGAUGUGCAUACUACUUCAAUGCUGGCUAUGGCUCAUGGUUCUUGGGGAUGGCAGUUCUUCAGAAGCUCACAGCUGAAGAAAUCUACGCAGAGAUGACUGAUCUGAAGGUUUCUGAGGAGUGGAUGGUGGAUGAACUCGUGUACAAAGAAAUGAGUAGUCCUCUAGGGAGCUGGGUUGAUUUCAAGAUGGAGUCAUACGAAGCUGGCAUUGACAUUACGACGGAGCUUCUUGGCUCCUUGAUCGAUGAAAUGGUUGCUGAUCUACUAGUGUCUAAUGUUUGGCCCUUUGACACUUUGUUGUAGAAGGUGUUCAUCUCCCACUAAUGAUACCCAGUUGACAGCCACAGACAAGGUUUUUGUUCCUUGUGUUUUGUCUCGCAAUUGUAAAUUGGUAGUUUGGUCAUGCAAUUGUGCAUGUGUUGCCACGCAAGGUUGAAAAUGUUGCUAAGUUGCUAACCUUCCCAUUGUUGAUCUGAUGAUUGAUCGUCCAUGUUUGUCAUGA